AAUAUUGUAGUUUCAUUCGUACAUCCAAUCGCAAUGCGCUUUCUGCUUUUCUUAGUGCUCGCUACGGUCCUGGCCUUGGCCCAGGUGCAGGCAAGGACGCUGCGCGAAUCGAAUGAAUCGCGGCAGUACCAGGAAUCGCAGGAGAUGAGUCCCAGCUGGUCGCACAGACACUCCUCGAUGUGGCCCUGCGAUGUGGCCGAUCAUCCCCAGGCCUAUGUGCUGAUGCACAAGGUGGAGAAGCGACUGGAGCGCAUCGAGAGCGCCCCAAUCAGGCACCGAAUUGUGGAGUAUGUGACGGAUCAGCUGCGCCAGUGCAAGUCACACAACCAGAUGGACGAGCACUGCGUGAAGCGGUCCAUUGGCUAUGCCAUGUCCUUCAUCAGCCACCAGAAAGAGCAGGCAAAAUCAGAAUACUGAUCAAUGGGGCAACGUGUAAUGAAUACAAAAUAAAUAAAUGCAACCAUGAAAAUUAUUGAACAACUUAA